ACGUUAGGGGCGGGAUAUAUGUGUGCGGACACUGAUGCCUGUCAACCUGGCAUUAGCAAGAAAUCCGUCAAAGAAAGGGACGAUGGCGAGAGGUAGUCGCACCCUGAGAAAAGUAGCUGAGUGCAUGAAACAGUUACCUUCUACAGCCAGCCGGGAAAUACAGACGAGGAACAACGUAAGAUACCUGUCGUCAUGUGGGAUCCUGAUGACUCGUGUACCUCCCCUGCUGGGUGCAGCUAUGUCAGGGCGAGGCAUCGUGUUGCCUGCCCGCAGCUUCUUCAACCUUGCCGAUUCCUUCUCCAAGAAGAAGGAGUACUCGGAGAGACGCAUCAUUGGGUAUUCCAUGCAGGAGAUCUAUGAGGUGGUGGCCGAAGUGGAAAACUACUGCCUCUUUGUUCCCUGGUGUAAGAAGUCCGAUGUGGUGUUCAAGCGAGCUGGAUUCUGCAAGGCCAAACUAACUGUGGGCUUUCCACCUGUGGUGGAGAACUACACCUCUCUUGUAACUACAGUACGACCCCACCUGGUCAAGGCAUCCUCCUCAGAGGCUAAACUGUUCAACCACUUGGAGACGGUUUGGCGUUUCAGCCCUGGCCUCCCGGGUUAUCCUCGUACCUGCACUGUGGAUUUCUCUAUCUCCUUCGAGUUUCGUUCCCUCCUCCACUCCCAGCUAGCGAACGUCUUCUUCGACGAGGUGGUGAAGCAGAUGGUUUCGGCGUUUGAGCAUCGCGCCUCCAAGAUAUACGGUGCCGAGACGGCCAUCCCUCGCGAGCUCAUGUUCCACGAGAUUCACCACACGUAGCGCCUCCCCCCUGCUGCUCAAACACAGAUACACAGACAAACACAAUGCCCAAUGCCAGUGCCAGAGAGAAAAAUUAGAGAGGAGCGUAGAGAGAAAGAGGAGACUACCUGUGUUCUAACUGAAAACUGCAGUGCCUUUCUUGCAGCAAUGACCAAGUUUAUUCCCAACUAUCUCCUAUCUCAUUUUUUUUUAUAACUGAUGCGGAUCCACCAGCUCAUUUUCACCUUGGUGCUAAACACAUGUGGACUUGUUUGCAUUUCAAUUUUGCACUGUCAUUUCCAUUAUCAGAACUUAAUCUGCGCCUGGUUGUGAAACUGAGUUCACAGGUUAUGAGUGUGUUUCCAUGGAGGUGAAACCGUGACCUAUGUCGGUCAGGAUUGGUCAGGCGAGUAUGUCAUCACAUCUGUAAACAUUAGCUGCACUCAAUAGUUAACUACACCGCUCUAACCAGCAUUUUGCUGCCACUGGUAGCAAGUUUUUAAUUUAAAAAGCUGCUGUAGGAAGAUGCUGUGUUCAUAUCAGUGUUUGUGGAGAAUAAUGUUGCCUUUCAAGGACCAGUGGGGAUGGGACAAAUAAUCGUUAUCACAAUAUAUUGUGAUACAUCCAUCCGUCCUUUAGCUACUGCUUAUCCUUUUAGAGGGUCGCCAAUCAGAGCUGACAUUGGGCGAGAGGCGUUGUACACACUGGACAGGUCGCCAGACAAAUAUUGUGAUGCACUCUUUUGCAAUAUGACAGUGAUACCAAGUCAUGAAUGCAGAGGCAUUUCCUUCCCGUUCUGCUCUCUGGUAGUUCAGCCUUUUUCCUGUUCAUGGUGACAUGUUUGUUACUGUGUGUGUUUAAAAAGGGUCACACUGGAUUUUGGGACACUUCUAAUACAGUAUAUGUUUGAUUCCUGCUUUGUAAAAAUUGUCUUUUUAAGGGUAUACUCUAUUUGUCUCUUCAGCAAAACAGAUUUCAGGAUGUAUAGUAGAUGAUUUUCGUGGUAUAUAUUGCGUAUCACCUGUAUCUUUUGCCUUUUAUUUGAUAUGAACAGCUGAAGAGAGACAGGAAAUGUGGGAGAGAGAGGGGGGAUGACAUGCAGCAAGGCUGGAUUCAAAGCCGGGCCGCUGCAGUAAGGGCUCAUGCCCCUCUGUGCAGAUUUACAUGUUGGAAAACAAUUUGGAUUUCAGCAAUGAAGCUAUCUGGUCAGUGGUGACAAUGAGCUGCAUACAACAGGAGCAUUACGUGUCAGUUCAUUUGCUCAUCCCAGGUCAACCCCCAUUACAUGUACAGGUCUAACCGUAAUCUCAAGGAUCCUUCACACAGCAACACACCUCCUCUGACGGCUGACCCACAUCGGACGUGGUAGCUCAGUGGAAAAGGAUUAUACAGUAUUCAGCGAGAGCUUGAUUCAGGUGUGAUGAAUUAGGAAGCGAUCAACAGAAAGUAACGCCUGCAGAGGACUUUCUUGAUUUGGAGUCGGUGUGUUUUACAAACCCCUUGUGCACAUUAUUACGCUCCUUUCUCGGCAAUGUGAAAGUUGUGUUGAGUGUUGGGAAGAGUUUAGGGCUGCAACUAACAAUCAUUUUCAUUAUUAAUUAAUCUGAUUAUUUUCUCUAUGAAUCAUUUAGUCUAUGAAAUGUUAAAAAAUAGUGAAAAAAUGGCAUUCACAAUUUCUCAGAGGGCACGGUAAUUAAUGUCUUAAGUCUAAAACCUGAAGAUAUUCAGUUUACUGUCAUAUAUGACAAAGGAAAACAGCAAAUCAUCACAUUUGACAAUAUUUCUGCUUUUUUGCUUUAAAAACCACCAAAAAAAAACGAUUAAUCGAUUAUCAAAAUAGCUGCAGAUUAAUUUUCUGUUGAUUGACUUGAUUGAUCGACUCAUAGUUGCAGCUCUAGAAGAGUUGGGGAUUGGAUCCGUAGCUCGGCAGCGCUGUAAGACCACAUUGCCCACAGUUAAGAGAGGCCACAGCCGCUCCUAACCUUAUUAUUAGCUUGUUUAUUAUGACACAUUUCCGAACCUUUGUGGUUCUUGAAGUGCAAUGGAAAUAACAUUUGAGAGGGCAGAGGUUAGAGUGAGGGCAACAAUUCUUUUGUUAGCUACAGAUGAUGUGAUGAUAUAAGCAGCAAUACUAACCAAGACCAGGGUCCAGAUAGUAUUAACACCUUGAUGCUUUUCUGUGAUGACUUGAAGGGUACAAAGCAACUACAAAAAAAAUAAUGUCUGAACUCAUGCUACGAAGUCAAAGCAAAAGGAACUCCGUGCAACGUGGCUAAUGCACAGUAACUGUAAUAAUAACCAUAUUAAAAUGUCUCCACCUCCACCGUCUCACCGCAGCCUACAACAAACUGUACAUUAUAAGAAUAUAUUAUAAGAAUAAAGGGCAGAGGCAGGUUAGGUUAUCAGUCACAGAGGAUGCGUACAAAUGACUGCAGAUAGAUGUACUAAAUGUACUGUAAACUGUCAGGAAUACACACACCUUUCAAAGGGUGCUGAGCUUUUAUUUAGCUUCAUUUCUCAGCUGUAUGUUUUUUUUUUUCUUCUUAAUGUAACAUAAACUACGCUCUCGUCAUUAUUAAGGGAGCGAUGCUGGACAUAAGAGUUGCUAAAUUAUACAGCAAAGUGUGCAAUAUCACUAGUAAUAGGUGUCAUAUUUUUUUUAAAUGCAGCUAAGCAUGUAUACCCACUGUCAAUAUAAGGGCCCAAACUGGCUGGCGAGGCAGAGGUCUGGUCACACACCUGGACCUGUCCCGUCAGUCGGGAUGCU